ACAGAAAAAAAAGGUGGGAUCCCAAAAAUGACUUCAAGCUCAGUGUUUAGAGAAGCCGCAGGUGUGAACCUUUUAGGGUUUUUCGCACUAUAAAUAAAAAUAGUGACAAGGGAAAGAAACACAAAGUAGGACCCCUUAUACGUGGGGAAGAACUUUUGACGAGGGUUGGUGGGGCAGGUAAGGAUCCAAGACGUGGGAAAUGAGCAAUGCCAGUAUAGAUGGGGCAAAAAAAGGAGUGAAUUGAAGUUGGUAGGAUUCUUCACGGGUAAAGUUAAACGGAGUUUCAGUAAGCUUGUAUUAUUUUUUUCCCUUUCUGAUGCUGUUUCGGUUUUAUUUACGUUUUCUUUUUUUUUUAUUAUUUUUCCUUCCUUCUUAAAUAAUUCUUGGUUUAUGUAUCUUUUACAAAUCAGAGAACAACCUUGUGACUGAGAAAAAAUCGAUAAGGGGUAUGGAAAUAUUUGGCGUGGAUGUUUCAAAAACAAUGGACUGAACUGGAUGUCGGGAAUUUAACUGCAGUGUUGACAGGCGCUAGUACAAGGAGAUGGCCGAGACACUAGAAGAAUGGGGAUACAACAAACCGUAUGGAUUGAUAUAUAUAUGUAUACAAUUUUCCUAUGUUUCCGUUUCGCUACAAGGUCAGCGGUUUUAUAUCCUUUUUAGAGUUUUUGCAAUUCUUCUCUUGAUAAUUUACAAAAAAAAAAAAAAAAGAUUUCUUUUUCCCUUAUUUUAUAAAUACAAGAGGAUUCAAGAGCGUCUUAAAGGAGAAGCAAUUUGUUGGUUAUUGGGCAGUUUAAGUGAGUUCUCUGCAGAAUGCCCCCGUACUGCUACAUACCACACAGGAAAAGACUACAAUAUGGUCAUGACAGAGUGAUUAGGCUAUCCCGUAAUGUGCCACAUUGUAUAGGAAAUGGUGUAUUUUAAUUUCCCUUACUUUCCAUUAUCGCCUUUUUUCUUAGAUUUAUUGACGGAAUGUUGCAGAAUGCAAACAAAUAUUUUUAAAUUACGCACUAAUCAGGAAAUUGAAUUUAGACGAGGAGUGCAUUCAGGGGAUUUUGGAGUAUUCAGACUUUGCAACAACCUCAGCCUCAC